AUGGUGGACGUCUCCAAUCGACUGUGGGCGGUCACUUCGGCUGUGGGGGCCGGUCUCUGUUUCCUUGCACUCAUAGUUAUUGGUGCUCUGUAUACGCAUCCAGCGUCAAGAGCACAUCUCGACCGUGUUAGCUUUCGUCUUAUGCUUUACUCCUUGAUUGCGAACAUGCUGUUUGGGAUCUUCAGCGUGAUUGGUGGGGUUUUGACUGGCCCCAGUGUAGGCUGUGGACUGUCCGUAUUCUUCUUACAGCUUACGCUUGAAAUAUCCAGUUUCCUACUGUUUUGCAUCGGUCUCAACCUUCAAUUAGUCGUAGUACACGGCAUCAGAAGCAAACGUCUUGAGAGAUGCUAUCUCAUAUGUUCAAUCGCGAUGGCGUUAGUCGUUACGAUCCCUCCGUAUGCUGCAAGUCAGUACGGAUGGGAUCCGCUGGACAAAGACUGUUGGUACACGAACAACAACUACCAGCAGCGCCUUGCUUGGCAGAUUGGGACCCAGUUCAUAUGGGCCGGGCUCACCGUGAUGGGAGAGGUGGUGACGGCAUGCACUGUCACCGUCUACAUGCUCAGACUCCAGGCAUGCGCUGCGCUCGCAGCCGUAAAGGUCGAAGGUUUGAUAAUCGGACAUCAAUCAGAAUGCGGGAUAAAGAAAUCCCCGAGAUUUGAUCGCGGCCAAUCACAAUAG